CCCUCUCCUCAUUCUACAAAAUCUUCCCUCUUUCCUAAAUUGCUUCACUCCCCUAAAGAAAACUUCAUCUUUCACUUCCAAGCUCCAAUUUCACAAAAAUGGGGAACCCUAAGAGACAAUCAAGUGAUAGGAACGAAGAACUGCACGCGGCGGCUCGAUCUGGGGAUCUUAACGCUGUUCAAGCACUAUGCAGCACCAAUCCUUUAGCUGUCAACUCUAGGGAUAAACACUCUCGUACACCGCUCCAUCUAGCAGCAUGGUCUGGCCAUUCCCAGAUUGUGGAUUAUCUCUGCAAAAACAAAGCUGAUGUUGGGGCUGCUGCUAUGGAUGACAUGGGUGCAAUUCACUUUGCUGCUCAAAAAGGUCAUUUGGAAGUUGUUAGGCUUCUUGUUAGUUCUGGAGUGUCCGUCAAAUCAUGCAACCGCAAGGGUAUGACUGCCCUUCAUUAUGCUGCCCAAGGGUCUCACUUAGAACUCGUCAAGUAUUUGCUGAAGAAAGGUGCAAAUGUUAAAACUAAAAACAAGGCAGGGAAAACCUCCAUUGAUCUCGCAAGCAAUGAAGAAGUCAGCUCCAUUUUACGUCAACCUGAAACUGCAUCCUCCAAAGAAGCUCUAAAUGAUGAAGAGAACAAGGUUGAAUCAGAAUCAAAGUCAUCUUCGCAGGAGGAGAAGAUAGAGAGAGCUGAUGACAAAGCUGCUGCAGCUGAGGAAGGGGAAAUUGUGGCUGAGAAAGAUGAAUCGCUCAAGAGAAAGGGUGAUGGAGAUGAAACCAAGGAGAAGUCAAAAGAAACAAAGAAAGCGAAAGUCGCUUUAAAUCAUCUUCUAACCUCAGAUGACAACCAAGAAGAUGAAGAAAAUUUUUGAGAACCUCUAAUAAAGUGUUACUGACAUGUAAACUAGCUAUUCUACUAGCAGAGUAGUUCACUAAGAGAAUCUUAUAGAUAUGUUCUUUUCAUUUAAAAGAACAACCAUUAUGCUAUCGUGUAAUUUGAGUUGGUGAAUGGAAACUUUCCUCCGACUUUAUCAUCAAUUUUGAUUUCGAUAUAACACCCCUGGAAUUGCAGUUCUUCC